AUGCAGAGCAGCUCUAUCAAAAGGCUGCGUGCAGCGCUCUUACGAGGUCUAGCAUUAUUGGCUACCCCCGCAGUGGCAAGUUGCCUCUGCUCAACAGCAGCUCAAGCAUGUUCGAUUCUCGCUUCGACGUUGCCAGCUGAAGCGUUCGUUGCGCCGAACUCGACGGGCUACCAGAAGGUUCAGAACAGCUACUGGAGUGAAACGGCGGGUGACCUGAGACCGGCUUGCAUCACACGGCCCCGAAGCACCGAGCAGGUGGCCUCCAUCGUAAAGGUACUCUCGACCUGCGGUAGUGACGUCCGAUUUGCCAUCAAAAGCGGGGGCCAUGGAUCGUGGCCGGGCUGGUCCAGCACCGAGGGUGGAGUUCUCAUCUCCUUGGACUUGAUCGACGGAGUUCAGAAUGUGGCUGACAAGGGCUACGCUGUCGUAGGCUCUGGCGCGCGAUGGGUUGAUGUGUACAAGUCGCUCGAGCCUCAAGGGGUGACUGUCAUUGGGGGCCGAUUCGCAUCAAUUGGCGUCGGGGGGCUGAUUGUUGGAGGAGGCAUCAGCUACUUCACCGGGCUGCACGGCAUGGCAUGUGAUAACGUGCUCAACUACGAAGUUGUUUUUGCCGACGGUACUAUCGCUAACGUCAAUCGAACAUCCAAACCUGACCUAUUCCGUGCACUGAAGGGCGGUGGUAACCAGUUUGGCAUCGUGACGCGCUUCAGCCUCAAGACAUACAAACAAACGACACAGGUUUGGGCCGGCAUCUUGACCUUCUCUAUCGACAAGGCUAGCCAGGUUUUCAACGCCACGCAGGCCUUCAUUGACAGAUACGACCCUCUAUCGCACAUGUAUCUUAGCAUGGGAGGGGGCUCCAACCCGCAACUGUCCUUCAUCAACGCCUAUGUAUUUUAUGAUGCCUCUUCCCCACCGGCUGGCGAGGCCAAUCCUUUUGCCGCCUUCUAUGCAGCCAAACCUAUUGCAGACACCACCUCCACACAGAACUAUUCGGCCCUCAUAGCGUCAAACAACAAUGGGAACACACCGCAGCAACGUUGGCUGAUCGGUGGCCAUACAUUCCCCAACCUUGUGGCGCCGUACGGCGCUGAUUUGUACUUGAAGCAGUGGCAGGCAUUUCGAGACAUGGCCAACGCCACAGCAGCUGGUGAUCAAGCUCUUCUCUUUUCCAUGGCGUUAGUACCAGUUCCAGCACGUGCGAUGCGAGCUGGUGAGAACGUCACAGGCGUAAAGAACGUGCUUGGACUUGAACCUGACGCUGGUGAUGCGGUCUGGAUUGACUACACGCUCGCCUGGCUGGAGGCCAAGGACGACGGCAAGAUGUUCGAGUUUGUAGAGCGCAUAAGCAAGGCCGGGGAUAAGCUGGCCACGUCCUUUGCGCCUGGCGUAGCCAGCACAAACGCAAUCCAGGGCGCUGUAACAGCCAAGGAGGCAGAGUUCUACCGGACUAAUCCACGGUACAUGAAUUAUGCGCUUCUGGACCAGCCUGUCCAGUCUAGUUAUGGUAAGGAGAAUGAGCAGUUCUUGCAGCGGGUGCAGAAGCGAUAUGACCCGGAUGGGCUGUGGAGAAAGAAUGGCGGUUUUCUGUGGGGUUGA